CGACCGAAGCGCCUUUCGCAUGUGAAGCGAAUGGGAAACGCGUGAGAAUUCCACAUCAUGGCAUCGCUAGCGGAAAAGAUAGCAGAGCUUACCAACCCGUCACCUGAGUUUCACGAUCCUGAAGAUGACAUUGCCGAGGAAACGUCAGCAAAAGUCCUUACUCGAAAACGUGUCGAGGCAGACGACUCGUACGUCCAUGUUGGCGGUAGUAAACUUCGGCGUAAGACUGCUGCCCUCUUGUCGGAGAGCGACAGACGUUACUCUGGGAAAACUGUCUCACGAAAACAACUCAAGAUUGGCGAUGUUGAGUUGGCGCGACCUAGUGGUGCAGACGGUGAAUUUGAGUCGGGUACCACUGAUGAAGAUGAGAUGGAUGAUGAUGAUGAUGAUGAUGAUGGAGAGGAGGAGGCAGAAGAAGCAGAGGAGCAGGAGGAGGAAGGCAGUCAAUCCGAGGAAGAGGAUGAAAAUGAUGAAAUGACACAACAAAAGCAAUUCAGUUUCGUGGAUAAUGGAGACUACAGCAAAUACGCCAAUGGGUCGAGUGGGGAGGAGGAGGAGGAUGAUGAUGAUGAUGAUGAGGAGGAGGAGGAGGAGGAGGAGGAGGUGGUGGAAGAUGGCACUCACAAAGGAGAUGAAGACAUUCACAAGAGCAUUGGGGGAAAGUUGGGGACGGGAUCCGUCGACAGCGCAGUGAGACACUUCACGCGUGCGAGUAUCGACGACGAGGUACAGCGAGGGGCGCACACCAAGCUGCAGCUGAAGACCUGGGACAGCCUGCUGGAGGGACGCAUACGCAUGCAGAAGCUGUUGCUGUCGGCCAACCAGCUUCCGCAGCACGAAACCUGGAGCGAGUUUACCGGCUCGGUGAGUGCUGAGACGCAGCAGAAGCUGGAGACGGCACAGGCGAGUCUGAAGCUGCUGCUUGAUGAACUCGUUAACCUGCAGACGCUGCUGCUGCGUCAGCAUCCUGAGACACGUCACGUCGCCGACGGCAACCGAUCGGAGGAGGCGCCGAGAGCAGCGUCCCAUGACAGUGAUGAGGAGAUAACGAGUGAAGAUGAGGUUGUUAGUGUCGGGAUGAGCAAGAAACCAACGCUGAAGAGAAAGAUAUCUAUGGAUGAGUACCCAGACUUCCUCGAGAAACGGCACAAGGACUUCAUACCUUACAGGAAUGCGACAAUACAGAAAUGGAAUGAUAAGACGAAGCUGACGUCUGGCAAGGCCGGCAAAUCAUUCGGAGCAUUUGAUCAGUCCGUGCUGACGCAGGUGCAGCUGAUACUGGCGGACAAAGAUCGGCUGGUGAAGCGCACACAGCUGAAACGAUCCUCAUACAGAGUGAUCGGCAAGGCAGACUCAGCGGCUAGCGGCGGAGAGGCAGAGCAAGAGGACGCGGAGGAGGCUGCAGCGAGAGGCGAGGAGGGAGAGCGGGUGGUUGCAGCAUGCAGGGACGCGCACCUGAAGGAGUACGAUGCGGAGAUCUUCGACGACGACGACUUCUAUCACCAGCUGCUGCGCGAGCUGAUCGAGCGCAAGACGGCCGACGUCACCGACCCCGUCGCGCUCAGCCGCCAGUGGCUGCAGAUCCAGAAGCUGCGCAGCAAGGUGAAAAAGAAAGUCGACACGAAGGCGAGCAAGGGAAGGAAGGUACGCUACGACAUACACUCGAAGCUCGUCAACUUCAUGGCUCCCCUCGACAUGUGUCGCGUCACGGACGCGUCGCGCAACGAACUGUACAGUUCGUUGUUCGGAAAGAGGAUGCAGGUUGCCAUGGAUACGACAGAAGUCAGUGCCGCCAGCUAGCAACGUUUAUGCUAUAGUUAUAGCCGGUCUUCACCAUGCUUCUCCUUCACCAUCCCUCCCGCUCAGGGCUCGAAUUAACCGACGGCACCGACGGCAAUUCGGUGCCCCUAUCAAUCGCUGUACUGCCCCUGAAAA